GCUCGCCGCCGCCGCCUCCGCCUCCGCUCUCCUCUUCUCCCCUCCGCGGCGGCUCAAAAAAGCUAGGGUUUCUCUCCCCGCUCGCGAGACAAGAUGAGCCGCAGCCUGGGGAUCCCGGUGAAGCUGCUGCACGAGGCGGCGGUGCACGUGGUCACCGUGGAGCUCAAGACCGGCGAGGUCUACCGGGGCUCCAUGAUCGAGUGCGAGGACAACUGGAACUGCCAGAUCGAGAACAUCACCUUCACCGCCAAGGACGGCAAGGUGUCGCAGCUGGAGCACGUCUUCAUCAGGGGGAGCAGGGUCAGGUUCAUGAUCAUACCCGACAUGCUCAAGAACGCGCCCAUGUUCAAGCGACUAGAGGCCAGGAUUAGGGGCAAGGGGUCGGCGAUUGGUGUUGGCCGUGGGCGCGCCGUCGCCAUGCGUGCUCGGGCUGCUGGUGGUCGUGGAGGUGGUCCUCCCGUUGGAGGAGGACGGGGCGGUGCGCCACCCGUGAGGAGGUAGAUCUGUCCAGGAGCUCGCUGUCUUUGCUAUCC